CAAUGAUUUCAACUGUAUGACAAAAUUAUACACUCCCGAUUAAUUCGGAAUUUUUCAAGGCUUUGGCCUGUCGCGUCGAGUCCAAUUUGAUUUUUAUCUAAUAUAUGAUACAAAAAAAUCUUAUAAGUAAAAAAAGGAUUGAGCCUACAAGGAUAACAAAGGCAGCAUGAGAACCUUGCGAGUAGUCUUACCUUUCUUGCUGGUGCACGCGCUUGCUGCAGACGACAUCUCCAACAUAUACAAUGACGAGUCGUUUGAGCACAACCAAUAUGCACGUGCUGUAAAUGACAUUGACCUAGACACAGAUAUUGGCAUACACGAGCGAAGCAGACGUCAAACACAGCCGUCUGCUGAUAAAGAGUAUUAUGUGACGCAAUGUGGCUAUGAUAAUCAGGAGCAACCAGACGGACCGAGCGUUCAAGUUCUUGGAAAAUCAUUAGAGAUAAACGGUGCAGCCCUGGCAGCAGCUAAAGUGGUACAUCUUCUCGUGAGAUUUAUGCCGCGUAAAAUAUUUCUUACCAUCGCAGCAAAUAACACAAUAGGUGUGUUUCCUACAAGAGAUUUACCGGCAAAUUUAUUCCCAGAAUUCACCGAAAACAUGCCGUCUAUUUGUGGAGGAAAGUGUGGCAUCCAGUUUCAAAAUGACCAACAAGUGGAUUGCUCACCGUGGUGUACCACGCCAGAGUACCCGUACCAAAAUACAGCAUAUUCUAUCAAUUACCUUUGGGCUUACGGAAAUUUCUCAAGACUCUUUGUGGUUGAAACUAACGUAGUUUGUGAAGGAUUUAAUCCAUCAGGCUCUGAAAACCUGCUUAUCAGAGAGUUUGGAUUUAUGCUGAUGACCCGAAUAUUGGACAACAAAACUGUGACAGAUAUAAAGAACGCGUACACAGCGGCAACAGCUAACUUCACCUGGGCUGGUGUGAAAAAUGAAUAUGAAUAUUUUAUGCUGGGGACAUUGGCGUGGUUUAAUGGCGCUGGCAGAAACAAUCUACUGAAGGGCAUGGCGUGCUUGAAUAUAAUAGGAAGUAACGGACGGAAUCUGUGUUCGGAUGCCUAUGGACAAAGGCAAUUUAUAAAACAGAGAGAUAGUAAACUUUACAAGCUAUUAAAUUAUAUCUAUAAUAACAACAGAGAGUACGUGAAUGGGGAUACAUCAUUAUGUGAAAAAGCGAAUAACAUCCCUUAGUUGUGUAGUUGUGAAUACUAUUUCAAUAUUUAUUGACUGAUAUGCAUAUCAAAGUUGAGUAUGUUAUUAGCGUUCCUUGCUUGUUUUUUUUUUAAUUUUUAUUGGGGUAGCCUCCCUUUGAAAUGGUUGACCAAUUUGAAAUGGAUUUAACUCCCUUUAGAGCGUUGGAGCAGUUACUAUCUAUAGACGCUCGCAGUAAUCAUGCUUUAUAACAGUUACGUGCAGUAAAUGUAAUAAUGUUAUGCACCUCGCCUGGUAUAACUGAUAAUGAUGUGCUGUAAAUGUAAUAUUGUGGUGCACCUCGCCCGGUAUAUCUGAUAAUGAUGUGCAGUAAAUGAAAUAAUGUUGUGCACCUCGCCCGGUAUAUCUGAUAAUGAUGUGCAGUAAAUGUAAUAAUGUUAUGCACCUAGCCCGGUAUAUCUGAUAAUGAUUUGUGCAGUAAAUGUAAUAAUGUUGUGCACCUAGCCCGGUAUAUCUGAUAAUGAUAUGUGCAGUAAAUGUAAUAAUUUGGUGCACCUCGCCCGGUAUAUCUGAUAUGAUAUGCGCAAUAAAUGUAAUAAUGUGGUGCACCUCGCCCGGUAUAUCUGAUAAUGACAUGUGCAGUAAAUGUAAUAAUGUGGUCACCUCGCACGGUAUCUGAUAAUUAUGUGCAGUAAAUGUAAUAAUGUGGUGCACCUCGCCCGGUAUAUCUGAUAAUGAUAUGUGCAGUAAAUUUAAUAAUGUGGUGCACCUCGCACGGUAUAUGUGAUAAUGACAUGUGAUGUAAAUGUAAUGAUGUGGUGUACCUCGCACGGUAUAUCUGAUAAUGAUAUUUGCAGUAAAUGUAAUGAUGUGGUGUACCUCGCACGGUAUAUCUGAUAAUGAUAUGUGCAGUAAAUGUAAUAAUGUGGUGUACCUCGCACGGUAUAUCUGAUAAUGAUAUGUGCAGUAAAUGUAAUAAUGUGGUGCACCUCGCCCGGUAUAUCUGAUAAUGAUAUGUGCAGUAAAUGUAAUGAUGUGGUGCACCUCGCACGGUAUAUCUGAUAAUGACAUGUGCAGUAAAUGUAAUAAUGUGGUGCACCUCGCCCGGUAUAUCUGAUAAUGAUAUGUGCAGUAAAUGUAAUAAUGUGGUGCACCUCGCCCGGUAUAUCUGAUAAUGAUAUGUGCAGUAAAUGUAAUAAUGUGGUGCACCUCGCCCGGUAUAUCUGAUAAUGAUACGUGCAGUAAAUGUUAUGAUGUGGCCCAAUUAGAUAAUGUAUGUAUCUUUGGAAUGUUUCAUGACAUAUUUUACAGAUGAUAAUCUAAUCAAGCACUAUUGCUAUCAUGGAUUUAGAAUAAAUGAUAUUUCUGCU